CAAGGAAAUUUCUUCUCGAGGAAAAUUACUUCCUUUUUCGUAGAAAACAUUUUGAUAAUUCUUGAAUGUGAAAACCCUAGAAAAACCCACCUUUUCCCCAUCCUCGAUUUUGUUAAAAGAUUACAAACCGAUAGCCUAAUUUGCACGAACAUAAGAACCCACCGUUGAAGCUUUCAAAUUUGCAGCAGCCAUCUCUUGCCCCUCCAGGGUGUUGUUGCUGGGAGGGUUUGGAUUGGCUUGUUUGACUUGGUUUUUGACUGCAUUGACUUUUGAAAGAGCUUGCUGAGAUGUGGAGAAAAUUUUGCAGAAACUGACGUUAAAUCGACGAUGAAUCGUUGGAGUUGUUGAGAUCGAUUGUGGGUGGUUGAAUUUUAUUGGGUUUGGAAUAGUUUUUCUGAAAAAUGAAUAAAGGUGGGAUUUUUACACGGUAUAGGUGAAGUUGAAUUGGGAUUUAUGGGAUCUUUAGAUUGUUUUAUCAGUUUUGAUUCAGAAUAUAGAGCUUGACAAGUAUAGUCGAAGUUCGAGGCAAAAAUCAGUGGCGAUUUAUUCUUUUAUGGGCACUUGAGGCAAAUUACACAAUGGCCGAAGAAGCUCCAUCAAGCUCGAGUUCAUUACCUCCAUUUCUUGCAAAGACUUACGAGAUGGUAGACGAUCCUUCAACCGACACUGUCGUUUCUUGGAGUCGAAAUAAUAAAAGCUUCAUCGUCUGGAAUCCUCCGGAAUUUUCGAGAGACCUUCUGCCUAGAUUCUUUAAGCACAACAAUUUUUCGAGCUUCAUUAGGCAGCUCAACACAUAUGGUUUCAGAAAAGUCGACCCCGAACAGUGGGAAUUCGCUAACGAUGAUUUCGUCAAAGGUCAGCCUCAUCUCAUGAAGAACAUCUACAGACGAAAGCCUGUUCACAGCCAUUCGACACCUAAUAUACCCUCACCACCUCCGUUAACCGAAGCCGAAAGGAAAAAAUAUAAAGACGAUAUUAACCGCCUGAGAUCCGAUAAAGAAACACUCAACAAAGAAAUCCAGAGAUAUACAGAACAGCAAAACAAUCUCAAAUCGCAAAUGAGAUUGUUAAUCGAUCGAGUACAAAAUGUCGAACGGAGCCACUCGACUAUGUUAUCUUCCUUGGCCAGCACUCUUCGCGGGCCCGCUUUUUCCUUUGAUCGAAAGAGAAGGCUCCCCUGGAGCAGUUAUUUACGCGAUGAGACGCGUGAUUUUGGUUCGGUUGAGAAUUUGGACGAAAAUGCCCUUCUGACUUUGAACAGGGAAAUGAUAGAGCGGCUAGAGUCCUCUCUGGUGUUCUGGGAGAAAAUGGUGAUGGGUAUUGAAGAAGGCCCGGGCCAGGCCCAGGCCCAAACGAAUUCUUCAUUGGAGUUAAUGGAGUGUGGGCCCAGCCCAUGCAUAUCGUACACCCAGCUGAAUUUGGAUGAUGAUGCUGAGGGGUUAAAAAUUUCCGAAAUCGACAUGAAUUCCGAACCUAAAACGGGCUUUGAUUCGGAGGCUGCGGCUGAGGAGGAACAACAGCGGGCUAGCGGGAAGACGGGAGUUAAUGACGUGUUUUGGGAGCAAUUUCUUACGGAAAAUCCCGGUUCGAACGAAACGCACGAGAGCAAGAAAAACGAGACUAAACCGGGAGAUCACGGGCCUUAUUGGUGGAGCUCGAGGAGUGUGAGUAGCCUUACAGAGCAAUUAGGGCAUCUUACUUCGGCUGAGAAGACUUGAUCGAUCGAUCGAUGGUGCUUUGUAGAGGUUAUAUAUGCUGUACCU